CAAGGCACAAAUUCAAAAUCCCUUGAAAACAAAAGCAUGUGUAGUCUGGUGUAGUCUUGUUUGCCCUUGUGUGAUCGGUAAUUGUUGCAACAAUGAAUUAUCAUCACUUAAAACAUUGGCCCAUUUUUAAUACGUUAGAACCAGGGUUUCUGUCAAAGAUUCAUAUAGCUGUCGUGUAUGGUUAUUCAGGUGACAAAGCUUUAAUCGUAACAAACGAUGACAUGGUAUACGCUAUAGGAACUAACGCAAAUGGAUGUCUUGGAACUGGUGAUCAGAGGGAUACAUUUAAUCCAAUUAAAAUUAAAAGCUUAUGUAACCAGGGCAUAAAAACCUUUUCAUUUGGCAAAGAUCAUGUUCUAGCUCUUUCAAAGCAAGGACUGGUAUAUUCAAGGGGACAAAAUGAUUAUGGUCAAUUAAGAAUUGGACCUUACAAACCGUCUGCAAUACCAACUAUUGUAAGGAAUCCUAUACGCAAUGAACAUAUUACAGAUAUAGCUUGUGGAAGUCGUCACUUUCUUGCACUGACAAAUGAAGGAAAGGUAUAUUCAUGGGGUGGUUCUGGUAAUCGGAUAAAUGUACCUAUCAAAGUGGAGAUACGAAGUGGUUUAAUUGAUGAAUACAUCGUUUCUGUUACUUGUGGUAUGGAAUUUAACAUGAUAGUUACAGAUAAGGGUAAGAUUUAUGGUUGGGGCGAAAAUAGUGAGGGUCAGCUAGGAAUUGAUCAUUAUUCUAGCCAGAAGAAUCCUUGCAAAGUAGCUGCACUCGAUGGCAUUGUGAUUGAAAAGGUAGUUUGUGGUUGUGUACAUACUCUAGCAUUGAGUACUACGGGAGUUUUGUAUGCAUGGGGUGGAAACAAUAGCGGGCAGUUGGGAUUUGGUAAUCAGGGUGAUCGUUUUGCUCGUCCAGUAAAGCUGGUGAAGCAUGAAAUGGGAAGAGUACUGGAUGUAGCGGCUUCAUAUUGUAACGAUAUAAGUGUAGCUAUGGGAGAGAGAAACGUGGUAUUUGUUUGGGGACGUUGUCUAGGACUACGUAUCAGAGUCCCAACGUAUACACCACUAAAACAUUUGCACGAUGCUUUUGCGUUUUAUUCAUCGCGUCGUGUAACGCAUCAACCACUUAUAGUUGUUGGAGAACCAAAGGAAGCGAGUUUGAUCGACUGGUUGUGGAAUGCAUUUAACGACCCAAUUACAAGUGACCUCAUCAUAAAAGUACAAGGAGAACCUAUCCACGUACAUAAAGCUAUUUUAAAAAUACGUUGUUCAUACCUUCGAAGAAAGUUUGACGAAGACUGGGAUAAGCAGAAUCAGAGUGUUAUAGAAAUCGAGGAAUUUUCCUACAAUGUAUAUGCAGGCUUCUUGCAAUAUCUGUACACCAGUGAGAUUAAUUUACUUGUAGAAGAUGUAGCAGAGUUUUUUAAUUUAGCGGAUACCUAUUCGGAAGAUGAAUUGAAGGAUCUCUGUAUGUUUAAACUCAAGAAAUUGAUUACUAUUAAAAAUGUAAUCUUAUUGUAUAAUAAUGCUGUUGAAUAUAAAGCUAAGGAAAUACAGGAAUACUGCUUAAAUUUUGCAACGAACCGUAUCACCGUAAUGUUACGUACUCCGGGUUUCGCUGAAUUAGAUGACCGUUCAUACAAACUUUUUGUAAUGAAAGCUGUUGAAAAAGGUGCUUUUAAGAAGUAGCUUACGAUAUCUGUUCGGCACAGUCAGAAAGAUGUACAUCUUUCACGUGAUACAUGUACAAUAAUACUAUGAUGUAUUUCUUUUAUAUUUACUGUAUGUUUCUAUAUUUUGUACUUUAUAAUAAAUACUAUUCUGUUA